AUGUCUGUCCCGAGCGAUGUUCUUGAAUUUCUUCGUGGCUACCCAAAUGGUAGCGACAAUAGUCGGCAAUCCGCAAAUCUUGGCUUCUACAAGAACACGCAUCGCUGCCAACCCGACGAUUUGCUCAUAGAGGAGCUACAUGAGAACUGGCUAGGCGACUACAAUAAACUAGAGAGAAAACACGGGUUCAUUCAAUGGCUCUUCCCCAUUCGCGAACAUGGCAUGAAUUAUGAGUCUCAACCGUUGCAACCACACGAAAUCGCAGGAAUAAAGAACGACCCAGACGCGAUGAAACGUCUCUUGACUUCAUAUAAGCUGAUGCUCGACUUCUAUGGUAUGCAGCUGGUUUCGGAAGAGACUGGCGCAGUAAAUCGGUCUCUGCCACCUCGCAACUAUGAGCCACGAUAUGAAAAUCUUGUCUAUUCGUCUCACAACUACCUCCGAAUCUCGCGCAUCCUAAAAUGUCUUUCGGAGUUUGGAUAUGAGCGACUAAAUGCGGGUUUUCUGUUGCAUGUGUUGUGGGAGCAGAGUGAAUGCAAGCAACUCAAUGUACCACGUCUCUCUGCCAGUAUGGAUCGGUGGUGGGCUAACUGCAUUCGCAAUGAGGAGGAGCGAGAGUGGAUUGCUGGGAUGAUUGCCAGGGUUCGAGGAGAGCCGGAUUUUGUUUUCACCAGGGACAUGUACAACGAAGCAUUAGCGCGACGAGAACGGACUGGUAGUUUUAGAGAAGAGUAA